GGCAUGCAGACUGCUUCUACAAUCAUUUGUGAAAGAAUGAGUCGCUCUCAAAAGCUUAGUGAAUUCAAGUGUGGUACCAUGAUAGGUUGCCACCUGUGCAAUAAGUCCAUCCGUGACAUUUUCUUGCUACUAAAUAUUCCACGGUCAACUGUUAAUGGUAUUACAACAAAGUGGAAACAACUGGAAACAACAGCAACUCAGCCCACCACUGGAUUCUAGAGCAGUGGAGACGUGUUUUUCUGGAGUGAAGAACUAUGCUUCUCUGUCUGGAAAUCUGAUGAACAUGUCUGGGUUUGGCAGUUGCCAGGAGAAGGGUACUUGCCUGACUGCAUCAUGGCAAGUGUAA